AUGCUGGAGAGCUGGGUGGAGGGCCAGGAGGACCCUGGGCCACCGGGCUUCAGCAUGAGCGAGCUGGAGAAGGUUCCUCGAGACAAGGGGCUCGCCACUGGGGCGCGAGCUCCCGGGGCGCUGGCGCGCGUGGCCGGGGGCGGAGGCCGCGCUCCUGCAGCUCGGCGCGCCGGCCGCCCGCCCGGGGCCCUGGGUGCGAACCGAGGCACCGCGCAGCCGGGCCCGCUGUGGCCGGAAAGGCUGGCGGAGCUGGGGGGCCCUGCGCGCGCCCUGGGCCCGAGCGACCGGCCCUCGGUGGUGGCGAGGCCCGGCUGCGCGUCGGGAUCCCGAGGGCCCGGCGCCCGCCGGGUGCUGGGCUGUCCCCGCUGCGGGCCGCUGCUCUCCGGGCGGACGCUGUCCAGGGGGCUCGCGGGGUGCUCGCGCUGCGUGGAGCCGGGGAGGCGCGCGAGCGUGGUGCCGACCCGGCUGCUGGACAGGUGCCGCCGCAGGCUCGCGUACCAGGCGCGGGGCCUGCAGCGCCAGCAGCAGCCCGAGGCCGCGCUGCUCAGGUGCCAGCAAGCCCCGGACACGGGUGACCCCGAUGACAGCGCAUUAUUGCUGCUUCGAGCAGAGCUGUAUUUAGCCAUGAAGAACUACAAGCAAGCCCUGCAGGAUACCGACGCCAUUUAUCAGAGGGACCCCUUCCUGACCAAGGGUCACCACAUAAAAGCUCAGAUCCUCUCCAGAUUGGGAAAAAGUACAGAACUGUUAGAAGAAUCCAUCUACUGCCUUGCUUUAAAUCCAGAAUGUAACUCCGUGAAGAAAGAAACCCAGAAGGAACGCCAGUUCUUGGGUUUUAUCCUGGGCCUCCCCUGGGAAGAGGGUGCAAAGGCCUUGGAGAGUGUCAUCCCAGCAGCGCCGAGCACGGUAGAGAGGCAGCUUCCAAGUGAAGAUGAGUGUGAUGUGAUCACCCCUGAAAAACAUUCCCAAGAAAGAUGCAAGUCCUCCAACCAGAGGAGCAUGAGCUCUCCCGAGGAGCCAGAGUUCAUGACUGACGUGGCUGACUUUAAGUGUGCUCUGUGCAUGAGGUUGCUCUGUGAACCGGUCACUACCCCUUGCGGACCUGCGUUCUGCCUGAAGUGCCUGGAGCGCUGCCCUGACCAGGCUCCGCACUGUCCGCUCUGCAAAGACAAGCUUUCAGAAGGGAGUUUGUUGCCAACCAGAAAUUUUAAUGUAACUGUUCUGGCUGCAGAACUGAUAUUCUGGUAUUCAUCGGACGAGCCGAGUGACAGGAAGAGGAUUUAUGAUGAGGAAGUGUCAGAACUGUCAAAGUAAGUGCGUAUGUCACGUGAAGUGGGAGGUCCAGAGUAUGAAGAACUCGCUUCCCUCCACAAUUCCGUUUACCAGCAGUCUGUCUCCUGGUUUGCUUCUCUCCAGGAUCACGUGAAAAAGCAAAUCCUAAGCCAUUUUGGGUCCACGCCAGACAGGGAGCCUGAGCCGCAGGAGGGCAGCAACUCCAGUGGCCCUGCCUGGCCCCGGUGGGUUCUGGCCGGGUUGCCAUUGGAAGGAAAGGCUCAGCUGGCCAUUCUCGGCAUGGCCGCCUGGAAAGAGCGUCUGCUUGCCAUUCGGCAGUUAUUAGUCACCAUCACUCGUAAGAUGAAUAGCCAAGAGCUGGCUAACAACGCAGACAGAGAGAACUGA